AUGCAGAACUUUCAAGUAUCAAAGAAUGAUGACCAAUUCAAGCCAUCACAUCAUGAAUUCAAGUUGAGGUUCACUGGUGGUACAUUAGUUAAUGAUGUCAAUGUUCAUGAAAUUGCUGACCCUGUUACAAAGUUCAAAUCUUUUGUGGAUAUUAUUAAUGGGAAUUUUCGUGAAAAUUACUUAUAUGAUAUCAUUGGAAUGGUAGAUGAACUAGGUUUUCAACAACCUAUUCAUGGAAACAGGAAAGUUCAAUCAAACUUUUUCCUUCGAGACUUAAGCAACAAUCUGAUUAAUUGCACUUUGUGGGAAAACUAUGCGUUGAAAUUCUUCAAUGUACAGAACAAAGCAAAUGAUGGUCCAAUUAUUGUAUUCAUGAAAUUUGCCAAGAUUAAAGCUCAAGGCAAAUAUGCCUUGAACAUUUCAAACACCUGGAGUACUACGAAGCUUUUCAUCAAUGAUGAUGUUCCAGAGAUCAUUGAAUUCAAAAAAUGUUUAGCUGCUGGUAUUGAAAAUGGAACAAUUAAUGCUGUUGCUGAGACUCCAUCUCAAAUGAGAUCUCAAUCAAGUGGAGCAACACAAUUUGUUCCAUACACACCAGAGCAGAAAUUCUAUUACAAUGCUGAAGUCAUGCCUCUUAGCAAAAUUGUCCAACUACCUCAGGAUGCUAAAUGUGUCACAGUCAUUACCACAGUCAAGAUUAAACCCAGUAGAGGUGGUUGGUACUAUCUUACCUGUUUCAAAUGCCCAAAACAGUGUUUUGGAGUAGCUCCUCCUUAUAAGUGUGGAGAUGAUCAUGAAACUGAGACUGAGAUCAUAAGGUACAAACUAGAUGUUGAGGUUGCUGCUGGUGAUGUAAAGGCAACUUUUGUCUUUUGGGACCGUGAAUGUGCUCAAAUAUUGGAAUUACUUGGAAUAAAUGAUCCUUUGAGUUAUCCAGUAAUAAUGGAUGACAUUGCUGGCAAAACUUUGGCUGUUAAGCUUAAGUGGCAAGCUAAAUGGAAAACUGGGUCUGUCAUUGGUAUUCAUGAAAGUCCUGAAUUUGCCCUGGACAUUCAAUCUCAAUUUCCAGCUGAUAAUGUUCCUCAAGGAAAGUUGCAACUACCUGCAAAAGAAGCCAAUUAUGAGGACAAUACUUCUGCUGAAUCUUCUCAGAAAUCUGACAACAUUAUUUUUCCAACGGUUUGUUUGUCUGCCUCUGAUGAAGUGGAUCCUGACAUAAUUGAUAUGAGUACACCACCAAAGCGCUCAGGAAAACAACUUCAAUCGCCCGCUGAAAUCGAUGUUGGCUCUGUCAUAGCAUCAAAAGCUUCUUCCACAAAGAUGCUCAAGAAACCUAAGAAGGAAUAG